AAAUCAAGCUCACAGCUCCAAGUAGUCACUACUAGCAAACAAAAAACCAAUCAAACAAUCAACAUGAAAUUCUUCGCCGUCUGCUUCUUCGCUGUUGUGGCUGUGGCUGCUGCCAAGCCCGGAAUUGUGGCUCCUCUGGCUUAUACCGCUCCGGCUGUGGUCGGCAGUGCCGCCUACGUGGCCCCCUACGCCUCCAGCUACACGGCCAAUACCGUGGCCCACAGCGCCGCCUUCCCCCCUACCGCCGCCUACACCGCCCCUGCCUAUACCGCUCCUGUUGCCGCCGCCUAUACCGCCCCUGUUGCCGCCGCCUACACCGCUCCAGUGGCCCGCUUUGCCGCCCCCUACGCCGCCGCCUACACCUCCCCUCUGGCCUACAGCUCGCCCUAUGUGGCCACCGCAGCCGCUCCUCUGCUGCUGAAGAAGUAACUCAAUGGAUUGUGAACUUUGCCGAAAAUAUUACCCCGUGAGCUUUGCUCAUGGCUUGGCUUUUAUUUUCCCGGA